AUGGAUGCAGUAUGGAGUGCUGACCUGCCCGGUGAUCCUGAAGCUUACCUCUGGUGGCCCAUCAUUCUCUACAUGUUUUACCUGAUGUCCAUUGUCUGUGACGAUUAUCUUCUGCCUGCAGUGGAUGCAAUCAGCGAGCAUUUUCACAUACCCGAUGAUGUUGCAGGCGCAACCUUGGUUGCCUUUGCCUGCAAUGGUCCAGAGCUUUUGACAAAUUGUUGCUCUAUCUACCUCAAGGAUGCUUCUGUUGGUAUCGGCACGAUUGUGGGCUCUGCUAUUUUCAAUGUGCUGGUGAUCACGGCAUGCUGUCCUAUCGUAUCUCCGCGGGGCACUUUGAAGGUGAAGCCUGCGUUUUUCUUGCGUGAUGCAACCUUCUCUGGUAUCUCUAUCCUGUUGUUAUGGUGGGCUCUGCCAGUGGUGGAUUUAAUGAAGGCCUCAGUUCUGCUCGCUUUUUCAGCCAUCUACGCCUUGGUGGUGGCGAAGAGCGCAGACUGGUUUGGGGAUCAUCAGUAUGAUGGCACCUCUCCACUCGCGGAUGGGCUGAUCACUUCACCAGGGAACAUUGCCAGGCAAGUCUCUGGCCAGGAUAUAGAAGACUUAUGUUUCCAAGAGCAACAUCCCCUUGAACAACGCCAGCUCGUGCAGACCUUGUUAUCUCCCGGAGCUCUCCUGGCAUGGCUAACAAUUCCAAACGUCAAGCUGCAACCUACCCGAUUCUUCUCCAGCUUCUUUGUUUCGAUGGCAUGGCUGAGUGUCACUGCGUACAUUGUUUGCAUCGGCUCUGACCGUAUCAACAUAUUUUGGGGCAUUCCGAAAAGCUUUCUUGGCCUGACUCUGGUGGCGAUUGGAACAUCGUGGCCGAAUCUGCUAGCAUCCGUAGCUACUGCAAGGCAGGGCCGCGGUGACAUGGCCGUAAGCAAUGCCUUGGGGAGCAAUGUACAGAACGUCUUCUUUGUGUUGGCGGCUCCUAUCUUCGUCAGUGUGCUAGUGCGCGGCAGCUACACCAGCGACAGUGCAGAAAUCUUGUCCUCCGUGCUGUGGAUGGGUGCAACUUUGGCGCUGGUGAUGUUGGUGGUUGGUGUUUCGGGCUUCUGGUACGCGUAUUUGAAGUAUCACAGCCGCCUCCCACCAUCCCUGAUCCGCUUCAAGACGCAGCUGCAGUUUCGCAGUGCCGUGGAUGAGAGAGGGCAGCUGCGAAGUGAGGUGGAGGCUUUGCAGUCAGAGCGUGAAGACCUAGCAGCACAGGUGGAGCGAUUGCAGCGGGAGCAUUCGCAGAUUGCUGCGGCACGUGAGCUCAAGCAGCAGGAACUGGAGUCCAAAGUUCAAGCCUUGCAAAGCCAGAUCAAGGCUAGCCAAACAGAAGCGUCGGCAGCAAGGGACGAGGUGCAGCGCCUCUGCAAAGCCCUGGACACUGCACAGUCCUUGUGCAAGCAUGCUGAGGCACGUGCCGUGGCAGCUGAGAAGUCAAGCACUGAGGUGCAUUUGCAGAAAUUUGGCUCACCGUUGUACGAGUUUUUUGGACGUUGA